CUCUUUCCUCAUCUUUCAUAAAUCGAUUAUUGGCAUCUCAUUCCGAGGUUGAAUAUCCCUAGGACUUCCCCCCCUUUCCUUCCAAUACUAGUUUGGAAUUCAAGCCAUGACACUAUUCCCAGGGGUUGCCCUCGUGACCGGCGCAGCUUCAGGCAUCGGCCGAGCAACAGCCAUCUCCUUCGCUCUAGAAGGCUGCCGCCGAAUCGCAAUCAGCGACAUCAACCUUACGGGUCUCCAUGAAACAGCAAAAUACUUGAAGGAAGUCUCAUCCGACGUAGAUAUCCUAGUAAACCAAGUUGAUACGCAAGAAGAAGCCCAGAUUGAGGACAUGGUGCAAGCUACUGUUGCAAAAUUUGGUCGGGUUGAUUACGCUGUGAAUUGUGCUGGGGUUGGAGGAACCAGAGAGCGCUCAACAGAUCUGACUGCGAAGCAAUUCGACUUCGUGACUAACAUCAAUUAUCGCGGCGUCUGGCUCUCUUCUAGGUUUGAGCUGGCUCAGAUGCUGAAGCAAGAGCCACUCCCGACUCAUGAUGGGAGGGCGGGGAAUCGAGGGGCGAUUGUCAAUAUAGCAAGUCAGCUGGGGAUAGUGUCGACGAAUAAUGCGCCUGUGUAUUGUGCCUCGAAAGCUGCGGUUAUAUCAAUGACAAAGAGUGACGCUAUUGAUUACUCGAAAGAAAACAUCAGAAUCAACUGUGUAUGUCCUGGUAUCGUCGAUACACCAAUGACCCAAGGGGAGUCGGGUUUCACAAAGGCGCUGGAAACUUCCAUUGCCAUAGCACCGAUGAAUAGGAGGGGAACACCACAGGAGAUUGCAGAUGCUUGUCUAUUUUUAUGCAGUAGUAAGGCAUCGUUUGUUCAGGGGCAUGCUAUGGUUAUUGAUGGAGGGUAUACCAUUAAUUGAGGGUGUCAACUUUCAACCAUAGAUGCGUAUAGGCGAAUCACGCUUACCCAG